CACGACUCGGUAACUCGGCUGACUGCGGAUUACAAAUUUGGAACUCAUCAUGUACUAUAUAUAGUAAGGAGUGAUACUUACUACAGUAAUAAAAUUAACCAAUAGGUAUCAAGAAGAUGUCCUGGGAAGGAUUUAAGAAAGCUAUUAACCGUGCCGGAGGAUCUGUACUUGUGAAAGAUGUGGAUAAAACAAUUGAUAAAGAUUUUGAUGUAGAAGAAAGAAGAUAUAAUACUUUAAAAACAGCAGGUGGUAACUUACAAAAGGCUUCUAAAGGAUAUUUAGAUUCAUUACGUGCUGUAACUGCAUCUCAAGUAACAAUUGCAGAGAUUGUAUCCAAUUUAUAUGAAGAUAAUACUCAAGGAUCGGUAUAUUCAAGUGUUGGUAACUUAUAUUUACAAUGUGUAAGAGAAUUUGAUGAAGAAACUGUUAAACAAAUGGAUGGACCAUUUAGAGAAACUAUUUUAGAUCCAAUAACUAAAUUUGCAGGAUAUUUUACUGAAAUAGAUGAAGCCAUUAAGAAAAGAGCCCAUAAAAAGAUUGAUUAUGAUCAAUGUAAAUCUAAAGUUAGAAGAUUAAUUGAUAAACCAGCUAAAGAUGCUGGGAAAUUACCAAGAGCUGAGAAAGAAUUGGCGGUUGCUAAGGAAAUUUAUGAUGAUUUAAAUGAACAAUUAAAGGCUGAAUUACCUCAAUUGAUUGCCUUAAGAGUUCCAUUCUAUGAUCCAUCAUUUGAAAGUUUGGUAAAGAUUCAAUUGAAAUUUUGUACCGAAGGAUAUUCAAGAUUAGCUCAAAUACAACAAUAUUUAGAUCAAUCUUCUAGAGAUGAAUAUGCUAAUGGGUUAUUAGAUGGUAAAAUAGAUGAUUUACUUGCUCAAAUGAAUGCAUUGAACAUAAGUAGUCUUGGUGCUAAGUAAUUUAUUUCUUUAUAUAUAUAUAUUUAUUUUUUUUACCAAUGUUAACUAACUUGGGAAGUAUACUUCCCUAUCUCUGUUCUCUCUAAUGUACAUUUAUGAACCCAUUU